AAUAAAGAAACAAAGCCCCGAUGGAUGAGUCGUCCAAAAGCGGGAAAAUGUACCCAUUGCUGAGAAUCUAGUUGGUAUUUCUGGUUGUGAAAGAAGAGAAGUGUCUGUCUGGGGGGCACAUGGGGAUUGCCAUUGCUGGCCCAAGGCAUUUUCUCCCAUGCCCACAUGUGUAUCUUCUAUUUUAUUGAAGUCGUUUAAAACUCUUUUCUUUCAGAGGAAAGAAACGAAGAAGAAAGCUUCAAAGGAAAAUAUUUCAACACUCUGCUCUCUAACUGAGAUCUGAAAUCUGAGAAGAAACACCAAAAUGCAGGAUCCGCGAAAUCUAAAUCCGAACCCGGAUCCUGCAUUUCCCUCCUUCACCCAAAAUAUGCCGUCUUUUUCCAACCCAGCCCAAUAUCGUGGUUCUUAUCACAGGCGAGCCCAAUCCGAAGUCCAGUUCCGGAUUCCAGACGACUUGGAUCUCGUGUCCGAUCCCUUCGAAGGGUUAGGAUCCGAAGACGACAUGCUUUGUAGUUACAUGGACAUUGAGAUGCCAGGGGAAUCAGCGAAGGGAGUCGAGGCGGCUGCUGGGUCUUGGAGUCAGAACCCGAAAGGAGAGGAAGUGAGUGGUGGGUCGGGGAUAGGGGAGAAGUAUAAUGGAGGAGGGAAAGGAAGGCAUAGGUAUAGCAAUUCGGUUGAUGGAUGCUCCAUAAUGGAGUCCAUUGAAGCUAAGAAAGCCAUGGCUCCUGAUAAACUUGCUGAAUUGUGGACAAUUGACCCAAAGAGAGCUAAAAGGAUCAUUGCAAAUCGGCGGUCGGCUACACGCUCAAAAGAGAAGAAAGCCCUAUAUAUGUCUGAAUUGGAGAGGAAAGUCCAAACACUUCAAACGGAAGCAACGACUCUUUCUGCACACCUAACCCUAUUCCAGAGAGAUACGACAGGCUUGACUACUGAGAACGCUGAGCUUAAGCUCCGGCUACAAGCAAUGGAACAACAGGCGCAGCUAUCUGAUGCUCUAAAUGAAGCAUUAAAGAAAGAAGUAGAGAGGCUCAAGACUGCUACUGGAGAAAUAACGACGCCGACUGAUACCUUCAAUUUAGGAAUGCACCAUAUAUCAUACGCCCAAUCUUCCUUCUUUCCUCCUCAGAAUACACAACUGCCACCAUUUCAUCCUUUCCAUUCUAACUUAUUGACAUCUUCCUUGAAUACCAACUCGCAUGCCUUGGCCGACAUGAUGCAACAAGAUCCUCUUGGCCUAUUGCAAGGGCUUGAUACCAGUAGCAGGGGCUCGCCCUUUGUGAAAUCUGAAAGCCCCUCAAUUUGUGCCGCUGAAAGCAGUGGAACAGUAUGAUUACAAGUUCUUCUGUGUUGGAUUGUUCAUAGACUGACCUUAUUGACAUUAAAAGGUACUAAUCAUUUGAAUUAAAUUCUUCUAAUGCGAUUGGGAUGUUUAGAGUUUUUCUGUAGGUUUUAGUUGGUGUUGAGAUAAUUCAAAAAUCUGUUGGUUGUGAAUUUUCAAUUUCAUUUGUUGGGAGAAAUUAUGUGGGUGUGGGAUUAGAAGCUUGAUCCCUAGGAGUAGAUGAAUACAACAUCUCAAGCCUGCCGCUCCCAUUGUUUUGUUUAAAGUUGUAUUGCUGGUGAAUUUCUUCUAAUUGUUUUUGUCUCAGUUGCAUAUA